CCGAAGUCCAGACUUCUCACGUCGGCUCCAAUUUUUCAGUUGCUGCUCACGUUUCCGUUCAAACCAUGGUCAAGGUCGAGAUCGUAGAAGAAAAAGACCCACAGUCCUCGGGCAAUUCUCCUUAUGCUUCAACUUCAUCCUCACGGCAUUCUUCCCAAGAAUCACUUUCUUCUAUCUCCUCUGAGCUUUCUGCAGAAGAAACCUUGUAUGACCGCCUAAGCGCACUGGUAGACAUAGUCCCCCCCACCACCAGACAUAGCAUCUCUACCAAGGUUUCAAAAGCUACAUCAUUCGUAAAGACCAGCGGAAGAGUCAUUGGUAACAUCGUCUGGAUAGUCACAACCUCUGCUCUUCUCGUGGGGCUUCCUCUUGCCCUCAGUUUAGAAGAUGAGGCAAAGAUAGUUGCACAGGAACGAGAAAUGAUGGCGCAACAACAAGGUGCUCAGCAGAUGCUCUCGCCAGGAUCAGCUUACCCACCGCCGCCCGGCUCAAAUCAGGCACCUCAAAAGGGCAUCGUUCCGCCCGGCUUCUGAUCGAAAAUCAGCCCGUUUUCGAGCUUUUCCUUCAGCUUGCCAGCAGCAGUUACAUUCAGAUACUUUAUGCACACGUGUAUCUUAUACAUACUUCUCUCGCGUUCCGCAGUAUCCGCGUCCCCCGCCGGCAGACUUACAUCGUGUGUCGCAGCGAAUCAUCACCCACGUGUCAUUUGAUCAUCCUAUA